AUGUCUCGCGCCAAGCUGUCGUUGCUCGCCGCCACCGCCCUCGUGAGCGGCGCCGCGGCUUCGAGCUUCAAGUGCGAUCUGCCCGACGCCCUCGACCCGGCCGGCGACGGCCUCCCCUCGGCGCAUGAGCUGUUUUCGUCCCAGGACGCCCUCCUGAGACAGGUCGAGCGCCACCGGGCCAUUGUCCGGGUGCCCACCAUCUGCUACGACGACAUGGGGCCCGUCGACCAAGACGAGCGCUGGGAGCCGUUUUAUGAGCUCCAGGACACCCUGGAAGAGUUGUAUCCAGUCGUCCACGAACGAGCCAAGCCUGAAAAGAUCAACACUCUGGGCCUGCUUUACACAUUCCAAGGCACAGACAAGGAGCUGCGGCCGAUCCUCCUCACCGCCCACCAAGACGUGGUCCCCGUCGCCGAGCCCGAGUCGUGGACCUACCCGCCCUUUUCGGGCCACUUCAACGGCACGUGGCUCUGGGGCCGCGGCGCCGUCGACGACAAGGGCAGCCUGAGCGCCAUCAUGGCCGUCAUGGAGACGCUGCUCUCGUCGGACCCGGACUGGCUGCCCAAGCGCACCAUCCUCGUCGCCUUUGGCUUCGACGAGGAGUGCUCCGGCCUCCGCGGCGCGGCGCACAUUGCCCCGGUGCUGGAGAGGCGCUACGGCAAGGACGGCCUGGAGCUCAUCUUUGACGAGGGUGGGCUGGGCCUGCUCCAGCUCGAGGGGGACAGCGGCGGAGACGACGACGACGACGACGACGAGAAGAAGAGCAAGGUGCUGUACGCGCUGCCGAGCGUCUACGAAAAGGGCUACCUCGACGUCUGGUUCGACCUCAACGUCGUGGGCGGCCACAGCUCCGUGCCCUUCCCGCACACAGCCAUCGGCGUCAUGGCCCAGAUCGUCAACGACCUCGAGGCGAAUCCCUUCAAGCCCCGCAUCGUCGACGACAGCCCCGUCCACCGCCACCUGCAGUGCCAGGCGCGCUACUCGCCCCGCGCCAUCCCCCAGCUGACCAAGGUGAUCGAGGAGGGGGACCUCGAGGCCGCGGCGAGAAUCAUCGCAGCCGCCAGCUGCGAAACGCAGUACAUCAUCCAGACGUCGCAGGCCGUCGACGUCAUCGUCGGCGGCUUCAAGAUCAACGCCAUGCCCGAGAGCGUCUCCCUCGGCGUCAACUACCGCAUUGCCGUUCACGACAGCCUCCACGAUGUCCAGCGCCACAUCGUCGAGCUCGCCGCGGGGAUUGCGAGCAGUUAUGGCAUCCGCGUCCGCGCCUUUGAGGAUGACGCCGGCUAUCGGGACUACGUCGCCGGCCUCGGCUCCGGCUCCGGCACCAGCUCCGGCUCCGGCUCCGACUCCGGCAGCUUGGAACCCCGCUACGACGUCGACUACAACGGCACGCUGGCCAUUACAAAGGGAAAGAGCUCCGAGCCCAGCCCCGUCACCCGCGCCGAGGGCCCCGUCUGGGACGCCUUUGCCGGCACCAUCCGCCACACCUAUGCCUUUGCCGACGGCAUCGUCGUUCCGGCGGCCGAGGGCAUGACGGCAAACACCGACACCCGCCACUACCUUAAUCUCAGCCGCAACAUCUACAGAUGGACCCCCGUCCGCCUCGGCGAGUUCAACGGCAUCCACACUAUAGACGAGGGGGUUAUGAUGACGACCCAAAUGGAGAUGGUCAUGUUCUACUACAACCUUGUCCGCGUCUUCAACGGCAACCGCUUCGGCGUCACUCUCGAGACUCCAUCCGAGCUGUAA